GCUCGACCUACUACAGACAGGGAAGUCUCCACACGCGCGAGGCUGUCUGCUGUGCACUUGUUAUCACAACAGAGACUGAGUGACGCCAGGCUCCAUAAAGCACCAGCGGCAGACUGAUGCCGCAUUGAGCUCCUGCGCUUUGCUGUCAUUGUAAACGCCAGCUGUCUGGUUUGACUGCGGGAAACCAGUGUUGGGCACAUAAGCCUACAGAACAUAAAGUAGUUGAUUGAAACUUGACCUGGAUUUCUGACUGAGUGAGGAAUAAUCUUCCCUGCAGGAGGUUUCAGGUCCAAAGCUACCGGAUCCUUUCUGUGCCAACACAGAGUAGAGAUUUAGCAACACUGGGGGGAGUUCAACUCCACCAGCGUUGCUCGGAAGUAACAGCGGAAUACAAAAAGCAGCCUCUGUUUACACAGACUUAUCGCCCUGCCUCUUUGAUCCAUACUUCGGUCCCGGUUUCUUCUUUGCCCUUUUCCCUCCUGUCCUCAAGGGAUCUCUCAUCCCUCUGACAGCAGACACCACCUCAUCUCGGCACCCAUUUAUUAAUCUCAUAAUGAACUCUUCUGCCUCCAUUACAUCCCUCUUCUCCUUCACCAGCCCGGCAGUGAAGCGCCUGCUCGGCUGGAAACAAGGGGAUGAGGAGGAGAAGUGGGCCGAAAAGGCUGUGGAUUCUCUAGUGAAGAAACUAAAGAAGAAGAAGGGGGCCAUGGAGGAGCUGGAGAGAGCCCUCAGCUGCCCUGGACAACCUAGCAAGUGCGUGACGAUUCCUCGCUCUCUGGACGGGAGGUUGCAGGUGUCCCACAGGAAGGGACUGCCCCACGUCAUCUACUGCAGGGUGUGGCGCUGGCCCGAUCUGCAGUCCCACCAUGAGCUGAAAGCCCUGGAGUGCUGCGAGUUCGCUUUCGGCUCCAAGCAGAAGGAUAUCUGUGUCAACCCAUACCACUACAGGCGCGUGGAGACUCCAGUGCUGCCACCUGUUCUGGUCCCGCGCCACAGUGAGUUCAACCCUCAACACAGCUUACUGGCAAAGUUCAGGAACGCCUCCCUGCACACAGAGCCGCUCAUGCCACAGAACGCCACCUACCCGGACUCCUUCCCUGUGCUGCCAUGCCCCUCUUUCUCCUCCUCCCCUUCUUCCUCGCACGUCCAGUCUCCCACCUCACAGAGCUACCCCGACUCCCCAAACAGCUCUGCAGAGCCUGGCAGUCCGUAUCACAUCACAGCCGAAACUCCCCCACCUCCGUACAGCAUGAUGGAGACGAGCCCUCAAGAGGAUGUGAAGCCCAACAACUCCACAGAAACGCUGAAACUCACAUUCUCUGCUCCACACAGAGAUUUAAGGCCCGUAUGUUAUGAGGAGCCAGAGUACUGGUGCUCAGUUGCUUACUACGAGCUCAACAACCGGGUUGGUGAGACUUUCCAUGCGUCGUCCCGCAGCGUCUUGGUGGACGGCUUCACAGACCCUUCAAACAACAAGAACCGCUUCUGCCUCGGCCUGCUAUCCAAUGUCAACCGCAACUCCACCAUCGAACACACACGCAGGCACAUAGGCAAAGGUUUACACCUGUACUAUGUGGGCGGCGAGGUGUACGCAGAGUGUCUGAGUGACAGCAGUAUCUUCGUCCAGAGCCGCAACUGCAAUUUCCAGCAUGGUUUCCAUGCAACUACUGUCUGUAAGAUCCCCAGCGGCUGCAGCCUCAAGAUCUUUAACAACCAGCUGUUUGCGCAGCUCCUCGCCCAGUCUGUCAACCACGGCUUUGAGGUCGUCUAUGAGCUCACUAAGAUGUGCACCAUCCGCAUGAGCUUUGUUAAGGGCUGGGGUGCAGAAUACCACCGGCAAGAUGUCACUAGCACCCCCUGCUGGAUUGAGGUACAUCUGCAUGGGCCCCUGCAGUGGCUGGACAAGGUCCUCACACAGAUGGGCUCCCCGCACAACCCCAUUUCUUCAGUGUCAUAACAUACCGUUGGUCUCUCAGACAGGUAGUCGUGUAUUCUGUAUGUUCUGCUCUGUCCAGGUUUUCUGUCCAAAGGCGCUUCUAUUGAUAUCUAAAUGUCUCAAAUAUCAGUUACCUCUGCCACAUCGUGCCGCAUAACUGAAACCUUGCAGUGAUUCGAUUUCAUGGACACAUUUUCAGAACAUAGUUAAAUGAUCAAGUGUUACUUAAUUUCAGUAGGACAGAUCAAUCACUCUGUGUUCAUUGGGAUGUUAACUGCACUCCAUUAGAAGUCAAAGUGGGAUAUAUUUGUAGGUACUCAAAGACUUAUUACAUGUUGUAAAUGUUAUUACGGUUGUAUGUAAUGUAUUUCCAUGUGUUGCAUAAUGUGCGACUUCAUGUACUGUUUGCUUGUGUUCUAUUAAAGUAGAUUUUUUCUUUAAGAAUCCAAA